AUGCACCCUCUGGCGUCUUCUCCUCUAGGCGCCUCAGGGGUAGGCACCGUCCCUGCUGGCGGCCGUGGGCGAGGGCUCAUCUUCGCUCGGGCUGACAACCGUCCACACUGGAUGCGCGCCGCCGACGGAGAAGCCGCGGCUUCGCCUGCUCCAGCAGACCAGACCACGGUCUCCCCUGGAACCACGAGUGCACCGGCGAUCCUCAAGCUCGCCGCUCCCGGGUCUUCGCCAGCGAACCAGGCGAGCCUUCCCAGAACCUCCCACGCCGCCGAGACUGCGGGGGCUGCCGCCGCGGCUGCGUUUCUGCAUGCGCCUGGCGCUCCGACUGGGCCGACGUUCGGCAACUUCGGCCCCUCGCCUUUUUCCAACGAAGCGUUUCCGCACCCCAAUGGCCCACAUGCGUCGCCGUGCGGUGUACCUACAGCUGGCACCUUCGGACAGGGUCUGGCCUUCGGCGUGCCCGGCGCCGGGGGCACCAGCGAGCCGAGUCCGUCUCGCGGGCCUCAAAUUCUCGCGCCGCCGAAAAUCCCGUUCCAACCCUUUCGUUCGCAAGAGGACGGCGGCGCGGCGCUCCCUCAGCAAGGUUCCUUUCAGUGGUCGCAGCCUCCGUUUCCCUUCUUCGGGUCUGCCCCGCAGGCCGCGCUGGCUGGCGGCGUACAGACACCCGACGCACACGGCGCGCAGGGCGCCGCCACAGACGAGGGAUCCUCGCUGCAGGAAAUGCAGAAGCGGUUUGAGGAGCAAAUGCGGAUUCAGCAGAAGGAAAUCCUGCAGCAAAUUCUGCAACAAAUGCAGGCCCAGAGGGACGCCAGCGCAGCUGUCGACGAGCCACAAAACGCCAGCGUGGCCGGAAAAGUUGGAAAGCCCGAAUGCUACGAGGCCAUCGGCUCAACCGCCUGGUACCGCGUCGAAACGACAACCGGCCUAAAAUACUUUUACCACAAAAAAACAAAAAAGGCGACCUGGACGUGCCCGCCAGAAAUUGCCGAUCUCGUCAAGGCGAUCGACGAGCGCACGGGCGGAGCUGCCUGCAGGCAGUCUCCUGCGGCUGUGCCCGCCGCGGCUUCUGCGGCUUCCGCCGGGCGCGCGACCGCUCGCCAGGGCGGAGAUACCGAGCAGGAGAGCGCCCAAGAUCGGGAGGAGAACGCGAAGCGAGCGAGAGAGAGCGAAGAAUCGUCUGACUCGGACUCGAGCGACGAUGAGGAAGAGUUGGAGGAAAUGAGGCAGCUCCAGUUGCAGAUGGCCCGCUACGAGGACUUCAAACAAAUGCUCCGUGAGAGGAAUCUCGGACCCUUUGCGCACUACGAGAAGGUGCUGCCCAAGCUUCUCUUCGAUCCUCGGUUCGCCGCCAUUCCGGCCGAGCAAAGGAAGCGCCUUUUCGAGAAAUGCUUAAAGGAAGUUGUCGCCGAAAACCGACAAGGCCAGAAAGAGCUGAUCGACGCCUUCAGAGAACUGAUGAAUGAGCUGUAUGAGAGCGGCCACGUCCACGCCUCGUCGACUGUCGAGACACUCGAGAAACGCUGCGGGCAUGACCCGCGCUGGAUUGCGGCUGGUGUCCCUCCAGCGGACUGGGUGCCGAUUCGCAAGCGCCUGGUGGAGGAGACAAUUGACAGAAGGCGACAAGAAAAAAAUAUGAAGAAAAACAACAUCAAACGCGACUUCAAAAAACUCAUGCGAGAGAAGAUGGCGGAGCGUCCGAGCGACGAAUGGGCGGCGCUGCGAAAGGAACUGCGCUCGCAUCCCCAGUAUCUUCUGCUUGGAUCGGCGAGUGAGAGAGAAAGAAUCUUCCAGCAGGUCUGUGAGGAGCUGACUUUCUUGAACGAGGAGAAGAAGCGCAACGCCGAGAGUGCCGUCGAAGACGCAGAAACAAAGCGCGCGCGUUUGGUCAAAACAGAAGCAGCCGCCGCCUUCAUGAACAUGUUGGUGGAGCGUGUGAAGAAUCCGUUUACAAACAGCGAAGCAGGAAGCGAAGUUAUCCCCGUCGACCUCCUCAAAGGAGACAGUCGGUUCCACACCGACAAUCUCUCUGAGUCAGAGAAGCAGAAGCUCUACGUCUCUUUUGUGGAGUAUGUCGCAGUUCUCGAGGAGCUGCAGACGAACAAACGGCUCUUCGACGGCUUACCUCCAGCUGAACUACUCGCCAAUUUCGAAAAGUGGAAGAAGGAGAGGAGUAACGAGUUGAAGGAGGCGUUCGUCCUCUGGCUGCGUCAGAACCCGGACGUUUGCCGAGGAUGCGACGAGCACGGCGAAAAAUUCACGAAGCUGCUCGAGAGACUGCAGACUGACAUCCGGUACAAGAGACUGGAUUACAUUCCGGAGGAGCGAAUGGACCUCGUGCGCCAGCGUAUCCGGGAAGUAAAUCUCGAAUUCGUCCGGAAGCCGCCCAUUGCGGCCAAGGCGCCGCAAUAG